AAAUGAAGUCAACUAUCUCAAGAUUGGAUGAAGAAGUUACAUAUUUAGAAAAUACAAAAGCUAGCCUGGAAAUGGAGAGGGAUAGCAUCUCUUCCAGUAUGAUGGAGGAGCGAGAAAAGUUUCAUAACGAAUGUUCAGUACUGACAUCUUCAAUCUUAGAAUUACAGACCACAGUAACAAACUAUGAAGGCAAGAACAAUGUCUUGAAUAAAACUGUACUAGAACUGCAAUCUAAAAAUGCUCAUUUAGAAAAUGAUAUGAAUAUCAUUUCUUCCCAGCUAGCUGAUGAAAGGGAACAAUUCAAGAAAGAAUGCUCCAUUUUGAACUCAUCAGUAGCAGAACUGACGCAGAAGCUUGAGCACUGUGAGAAUGAGAGAAGUAACUUGAAUCAAACAAUACAGGAGCUCAAGACUAUGAUUGUCCAUUUGGAAAAAGACAAGGAGGCUUUGUCAUCACAGCUGGAAGAAAACUGGAAACUGAUUGAAAAAAUAGAGCCUUUCAGAGAUGUCUUGGAUAAUUUUCAAAUGGAAAAAAAAUUCUUGUUGGAAAGAGACAAAUAUACAAGUGAGCAAAUGGAAAGAUUGACCAAAGAAGCCAUUAAAAACAUGGGUCAUCAAAACCAUCGCCAGAAAGUCAAAUAUGUGGAGACUUUGAAAAAGAUUGCUCCGGUGAUUGCUACUGCACAAUGUGACUCUUCCAAAAUGACACAGACACCUGGCGAACCAAGAAUUCCUUUUAAAGGGAAAAAAAUGCUGUCUGAAUCUGAGUGCAUGUGCCCAGUAUGCAUUAGCUUACUCAUCCAGCCUGUAACGUUUCCCUGCAAUCACUCACUGUGUUUAAAAUGUUACAAGGAAACAGUGGAAAAAGCCAACCUCUCAUGUCCAGUCUGCAGGAAGCGCAUUUCAGUUUGGGACAGAAAAGCUGCCAAGGAAAAUAAAUUGAUAAACAUGGAAAAGUGGAAAGACAUCCAAGAGGCCUUCCCUGAAAAAGUGAGGCGCAGGCUGGAAGCCAGUGAAGAAAGCGACAGUGAAGAUGAUGAAGAUGAUUUUGAAGCCCAGGAAAGACGACAAAUUUCCUGUCCUGGAGAAAUCAGACAAGAAUAUGAAGCUGCUAUCCAGCAGAUUCAGCAAAAAAAGGACGAACAUGCAAAGAAAGAGGAGGAGGCCAGUAAAGUAAAUUUUGAAGCUCUGCAACAGGAAGAAUUUUUGUCAGAAAAUGUGGAAAUAGAAGAGAAAGCACCGAUGCUUGAAUAGAAAAAGUCUAAAAAAAAUAGCCUCCUUUUGAAUCCAGUUGUCAGAUUAAAGAAGUGCUUAAAAGCAGAGGAUAUAGUGUUGAGUUGGAGAGCUAACAACUGUCUCCCUAGCACUGAAACUUUCCAUGAAUCUUCACAACUCACAGAAAACAGAUCAGCUAUACCUGCUGGCAAUAGUUCAGAAAAGAAUGAUGACCUUAAGUUUGCAACUAAAUUGCAAGAAUUUUUUGACUUAAUGGAUAAAAAAAGAAUUGUGGUUGAUAGGUCAAAAGGAUCUAGCAAUGAAUAUACUUUGCAAAGAAAGCAUAAAUGUGAUGAGUGACUGUUACAUUGUGUUGUUGAUUGUUAUAUGUUGGGUUGAGUUGUUUUUUUAUGUUUUAGUAAUGUUUUUGUUGUUGGCUACUUUCUUUUUGAUACUGUCACAUGACCCAUAACAGUCUGUGUAAACAUAUGAUGUUAUUCUAAACACUGACUUAUUUGAGUUGUUGAUUCCAAGUGCUUCCUAUUCUAUCUAGAUCACAUGUUUUUGAAUUAUAUUGGUCUAUCUAUAUAUAUAUAUACAUUACAAGUUAUUGAUGAUUCUAUUUAUCCAUCAUUUGAAACCUUUCAUUUACUUUUUUUUACUGCUAAUUAUCAAACAAAAUUUCUAUAUUACAUGUAUGAUCUUUGCAUAGUCUAUGCCAAACAUUUACCCUGUAUUGUCAUGUUAUAUUUGAUAUUUUCAUGUAUUAACUUACUGCCAAAGCCUUAAAGAGAAAUACAUUCAUUAAUCUCUGAAGGUAAAUUUAGCAUUAUUUGCUAAAACUUAGCAAUAAAAAACGCUAUUUGAAAAUGUCUAUUUUUUUUUUUUUAACUUUUAGCAAGCAUUGUUUAUUAUAAUACUAUCAGACUUAAUCAAAAUACAUUUUCAUAAACUAAAUUGAACUAAAACUUUGACAGCACAUUGAUUAAAAUGUAACAGACUUUGUUUUUGUCAUGCCUUUUAAUAAAAGCCUUAAUGACA